AUGACAUUUGAUACAGCCGAGAAAUUGAACACCGCCCUGGAUUCUGACCCUUUUUCUAGGCGAAACAGUGUUAAAGAUCUGGCAUCUAGCCUAGAAACUGUAAAAGAGGAUACUUCUUUUCGUUCGGGCGUUGCCAGGUUGAGUAUAUGCGAAGACGACGAAGCGAGACAAAAAAUCAUGCAGAAGCUGAGUCGGUCUGGAUCUGAGGAAGCUCUUGAGGAUUCGAAUGUCAGUCGUCCUGACAUGAGAUCGAAAAGACGCAGAAGACGUUCGAGUGCGCUUUCGACGCUUUCCGCAGGUGGAGCCAAAAAAAUUCAACGUGAAUUGUCCUCACAGUCUCUCACGGCGGUUCCAAAGAGGAAGAAAAAAAAGGCAUCUGUGAACGCUUCACUGUCGUUUCCGUCCGAAACCUUAAAGGAAAAGAUAUCUAUGAAAGAUGUGCGCGAAUUUGUCACUUUUAUCUUUGAUCAUAGAUCAACUUCUCCAACUUGGCUUCAGAUCAAUCAUGCUAAGAAUAUUAGUAAGGCAGUAGUUUUGUUCGUUCCAGGACUGCAACCAAGUGAUUUCUGUGAGGUGAACGGAGAUGAGGCGGAUGCAAACGCGGAAACGCAUCUCAAAUCGACCUAUUUAAAGACCUUAGAAAGCAACGAGCUCAAGCAUGCAUUUUACAGACUCAUGCUCAGUGCUCCGGGUUCCAAGAACACCAUUUAUUCGCCUUACAAUUCUUUUGUGAACGUUUCCCUCACUAAAAAGGAGAGAGAACAGAAACGGGAAGAGCUGGCCAGUAGAAAGAUUACUCUUUAUGAUCUGCUGAUGAGUCCAGAUCAACUGAUUGAGAACGAGUAUCCGAUUCAUCCUUUGACUCCAGGCGUAAGUCCUGACAUGCGCGAUGUCCUUCAAAAACAGGCCCUGGGCGACGAAGGAGAAUGGGUCGAAACUAAAAGCCUUCAGCACGACGACCCUCAUACUUUUGCCGUAGAUUGUGAAAUGUGCAAGGCCAAGGAAGGUCUUGUUCUUACAAGAGUGAGUGUUGUCGAUUUCGAUUGCAAUUUAAUUUACGAUUCAUUGGUGAAACCUUCUGUUCCCAUCAUCGAUUAUCUUACAAAAUACAGUGGUAUCACCGAGGAAAAAUUGCGGAACGUGACGACAACUUUGAAAGAUGUUCAAAAUAAACUUUUGGAACUUGUAAGUGCCGACGAUGUGCUCAUUGGCCACUCGCUACAGUCAGAUUUAAAUGCUUUGAAAUUAAAGCAUCCCCGUAUUAUCGAUACAGCGACCAUAUAUGAACACAAGGCAGGCCCCCCAUUCAAACCAGCACUGCGGUAUUUGGCUUCUGAAUAUCUCCAUAUUGAUAUUCAAAACAACGAUUUAAUUGGACACGAUUCAUUUGAUGACGCCAAAGCCUGCAUGGAGUUGACAAAAUUGAAGCUUGUAAACGGCCUUGGGUUUGGCGUGGGAACUAACUCCGAAAAUCUUUUCCAGCGUUUAGCACGCCAAGAUAUACGAUCUCUUUGCUUGAACGACUACGCCCCGAAGCAAUGCCAAUUGGCAACCGACAAAAAAAACUUGGAAAUGAAAAUUAAUUGCCAAACUGACGAAGAUAUUACCGACAACAUCAUCAGUAACAUGGAAUCCCGCGACCUGUUUGUAGGCCGUCUACGAGAAUUAGAGUUUUCUCGCGGGUAUGCAACUCCCAGCCCUGACGUUUCAGUAGUUUCAGAGGACAUAGCGCUUCGAAGUUUGGGUGAAAGGAUUGAGAGGAUAUACAAAAGCUGUCCGCCAUCUGCUGCUAUGAUCGUUUGCUCUGGGACAGGUGAUACGAGGGAUUGGCUGAGGAUUAUGGGUGAGAUUAACAAGUUGGACAGAGAGGAACGCGCAAACGAAAGGAAAAAGCUUGAAAUUGAAAUCAAGGCAGCUGUAACGAAGGCAAGAAAUGGUAUCGCUCUCGUAGCAAUUAAAGAUGAAGAUAUCCCCAUUGUACAGUGA